CUAUUUGAAAUUCAGUACAAGAACAACAACUAGAACGAAAAGAACGCAAUAAGCGGAGAAGAGAAAUUAUAAUUUUAAGAAAAUAUUCACGACAUAUUCUUCCAAAGGAACUAAAAAUAGAUUGUUAAUAAAAAACCUUUAAGCCCUACAUCAGCGUGUAAUGUCAGAGCUUCGCUCCAAAGUUAUACAAUUAUACAAGCAUCUGCAAUUUUUGGGACGUGAAUAUCCCGGCGUAAAUGGCCCGCAGAAAUUCCGCCAGCAAGUGCGCGAUGCUUUCCUAAAGAACAAAGAUGAGACUGAUCCAAAUAAAAUCAAAGCCCUGCUAGCCCAGGGCCGUUAUGUGGCCAAAGAAGUCGAAGCUUUGUAUUCACUAAAGAAGUAUCGUUCCAUCAAGCAACGCUACUCCCAAGAAUAAAGACCCGACCAGAAGGAGCAAUAACAAUGUAUUCGAAUGCAGUAGCAGCAGCAGCAUCAUGGAUGGAUGACGCAACAACGUGUUUUGAGAAGAAAGACUCGAUUUAGAGCCAGUAAUUAGACUAUAAUGCAUUUUAUUUCUGUCAAAAUAUUUUAUACUAUAAUAUGUAGAUGACCCCCCUCUCACCCCCGUAGUUUGUUUGUUAGUUGACACAAGUAAUUGAUAGAUUUGUGGUAGCAUCUCGACUUAAAGUGGAGAAGAAGAGCAGCUACGCAAAAAAAAAAAAAAAAAAACAAUUUAUAAAAACAAUGCCAAUGCUUUAAAUAAAAGAAUACCUACUUCCAAAUAUUUUACGGAACAUAUGAA